AUGGAGGUCGCCGCUACGAGCAUAUCAAACGGCAUGCCUACGCCUGAAACCGCCGCUGCGGUGGACCCGGGCACUGUGAUCCAGUACCUGACAGAGGUACUCCAGGUGACACUGGGGGCCUUGAAAUCCGAUCUGGAAAGCGCUGGAAGCUUGCUGUCGGCUGCUAAACACAGUGAGACCACGCAAAGAUGUAUGCGCUUUGCCUCUGAGUCGCAAGUCGCGCUGUAUGUACAGAAAGAUAUCGCGGCUGCGGAGGAGACAAAUGGCCAGAAUGAAGGUAAGUUCCGCCGUACAAAUAGUCGGACUCCUCGUCCCAGUCCUAACAGCGUACGCAAAGACUCGCUUCAGUAUGUCUAUACCCUCUCCUCCGAGAUGUCCUCCGCGUCGACCACCGUCGCCUCCGUCGCCUUCAUAAAACGCCCUGCUUCGAUCGACCCGGCUCUCCCAAUUGCAUCGCAAAUUCAAGUCAUGAACUUGCCGGGUCUGGCCUCGCUCAAUAACGCCCAAACACAGCAAGGAAACUCGAUGUCGCCCUAUCAGAUUCUACACCUGCUCCUCCACCACGGUCUCAGUCCCUACUUCGAAGCCUACACCCGCAACCAAGAAACAAUCACCGGAGCGAAACCGAGGGCGGACACGGAAGCGAAAACUGUUGUGCAAAGUGCGCUGAAGGAGGCCGAGGCAAAGGAUGUCAAGCCAUCGGUGGAGCUUAUCCCAGCGUCUGUCCUGGACAGCAGUGCCUUCACAAACAGCAUUCAAAAUACCGUGAAUGGCUGGAUUCGGUCCAUCCAGACCAUCACCAAGAUGACUCGUGAUCCGGAUGGAGAAUCCGCUGCUCCAGAAGUCAACUUCUGGCUCUCAAUGGAGUCUGCACUCGAAGGGAUUGAGGGACAGCUACAGAGUGAUGGAGUCCGGCUGACCAUGGACAUUUUGCGCCAUGCGAAGCGGUAUCAGCCGACCCUCAGCUUUCAGGCGGACACGGGGCUGAAAGAUGCCUCUGAGCUGGUCCAGAAAUACAAUCAGCUCAUGCGAGACUUUCCUUUGGAUGAACUUCUAUCCGCUACUUCUCUGCAAAAAGUGCAGGAAUCUCUUGGUUUGAUUUUCACCCACUUGAAUAAGAAGCUCAAGAUCUGCCCGUAUCCCAUCAAACGCUCUCUUUCGCUUGUUGAGUCCAUAUCCGGUGACCUUGACAAGAAGAUUCAUGACCUGAUCAAUGGCCGCGAUGUCCUCCAUCUGGAUUACCGCGAAUUCCGGUCGUUGAUGAAGAUUACUCAGGCCAUCUGGCGAACCUGGGAUGAAAAUCUCAAAGAAUUCACCAACGUUGCCCGUGAGUCUACGAGACGCCGAAAUGAGAAAUUCAUCCCGAUCAAAAUCAAUGCUCGACACGAUAAGACUCGCGAACGACUCAAGUACAUUGAUACUUUCCGGGUAAACCAUGAGCAGCUCCAAAAGACUAUCAUCAAUGUUCUGGGUCCGAAGAACUUGUCACCUGCAGAGACCGGCGCUGGCGUUGACUCUGAUGGAGCUGUUAUCGUGGAAGAAAUUGGUGACGUGGAUGCUGUGGAGGAAGUCACACUUGCCUAUGCUGCUUUGAAGAAUGUGGACGUUCUAGAUGUUUCUCCGGAAGGAUCUCGCACCUGGGAGCAAGCCGAGAUCGGCUACAGUGAGCGUACAUCUCGUGUCGAAAAUUCUAUUAUUGCUCGUUUGCGCGACCGCCUCGCAACUGCGAAGAAUGCCAAUGAGAUGUUCCGUGUCUUCUCUAAGUUCAAUGCUCUUCUCGUUCGCCCGAAGAUCCGUGGUGCAAUUGGAGAGUACCAAACGCAGCUUAUCGACAACGUCAAGCGUGACAUUUCAGCCCUCCAUGAGCGUUUUAAACACCAGUAUGCUCAUUCUGAGGCUCACGCCAUGGCUCAAUUGCGCGAUCUCCCGCCUGUAUCGGGCGCCAUUAUCUGGGCAAGACAAAUCGAGCGACAGCUCGAUGGCUAUAUGCGUAAGGUUGAGAAUGUCUUGGGAGAGGACUGGCAUUUGCACACCGAGGGUGAGAAAUUACAAGCCGAAAGCAGUCUGUUCCGUAAGAAGUUGGAUACUCGUCCAGUGUUCGAGUCCUGGCUUUGGGACGUUCAAAGACGCCAUAUCACCAUUUCGGGCCGUCUCUUCAAUAUCGUCCGCAACCGCGCUGCCGGAAAUAGCUUUGAGCUCACUGUCAACUUUGACGCCCAAAUCAUCGCUCUGUUUAAAGAGGUCCGCAAUCUUAUUUGGUUAAACUUCCAAGUUCCCCAUGCUGUGAGCAACAUUUCGAAGGAAGCUAAGCGUGUCUAUCCCUACGCAAUUAGUUUGAUGGAGAGCGUUCGUACCCUUCUACAGACAAACCGUACCAUCGCUGCGAUGUCCGAUGUUGCUAUCCUUCUCAAUGGCUACGUUAAUGAUUCGCAAGCCAUGGUGGCCAAGGGUAUCCCUCUCAGAUGGGAGUCUUUUGUUCACUCUUACGAACUUCACGUCAAGCAGUCUGCCCUCGCUAAUGGUGCCAUCGACACUUCCAUGCCUAACCGUACCGAGAGCAAGCAUGUGCAAUUUGUUCGUGAAUUCGCUGGCUCUGCGUCUGUUCUUCAAUCCAAGACUGCCGUCUUGUCAUCCAUCAACGAGAACAUCCAGAAGUCUAUUCAUGAGCUCAAGACGUGCCCUUAUGACUUUACAGCAUUCAAGCAGCGUUUGGAUACGAUUCAGAUCGCUGUUGAUAAGCUCAACUUGGAAAACUAUGUCAAUCUAGGCUACUGGGUUGCUGAACUGAACGAAAAGAUCGAGGCUAUCCUCCAAGAACGACUUCACCGGGCCGUUCGCGAAUGGAUCAGCACUUUCCAAGAAUCUCGCAACCCAGAGGCCGUGACUUUCCAGUCGCAGUUCGGUGUCAUUGAGCCAGAGGCCACUAUUUACAGCAUUGAAUUCCCCGAACUUUUCCACGAGAUCUCCAUGAAAAAUCAGGUUCUUCAUCUCGAUCCACCACUGCAAUACGCCCGCGCAAGCUGGUUCGUGCACUUUGAUAAUUGGCUGGGUGUGAUCUGCAAUCUGGAGAAAAUUAAGGCCUCCCGCUACCAAAUCUCCAUUGAUGUUCAGACCGUUCGUCAUUCGGAAGCCUGUUUCGCAAACCUGCCGGAGCGGUGUACCGAUGAGCUUAACCAGGUCUACGGAGUAAUUGAAAGCCGACUCAAGGAUGUGUCACAAUACGUGGACAAGUGGCUGCAAUUCCAGUCCCUCUGGGAUCUGCAGUCUGAGCAAGUAAAUCAGAAAAGUCGUGCCACUUUCGAUACCUCAGAGGUUAGCCGAGCAUUUGGCAACAUUCGGAUCGAUUACGAACAAGUCCAAACCAAGGUCAACGCCAAAUACGACCAAUGGCAGCAUGAAAUUUUGCUGAAAUUCGGUUCCAAACUUGGUGGCCGCAUGCGAGAGGUGCACUCAGAAAUAGCGUCUGCCCGCCGCGAUUUGGAGGGCCAAACGUUGGAGGCUUCUUCAACCGCCCAUGCUGUGUCCUUCAUCACCAUCGUGCAACAAUGCAAGCGCAAGACUCGCGUUUGGGAACCCGAAGUCGAUCUUUUUCGCCAGGGCCAAACAACUCUAUCCCGACAACGAUACCAGUUCCCUAGCGACUGGCUCCACGUCGAAAAUGUGGAUGGAGAAUGGGCAGCCUUGAAUGAGCUUCUUACUCGGAAAAGCAAGAUUGUCCAGGACCAGACUGAUGCCCUUCGUGCUAAGAUCGUCGCCGAAGACCGUGUCAUUGGUGACAAGAUCGCAGAGAUCAUUGGCCAAUGGAAUGAUGAGAAGCCUUCACGUCUCGAAGCUCUACAGUCAGAGUUUGAGAUGGUGUCCAAGGCAAAAGAGGCUCUCGAUCUUCCAGCGAACGCGGAGUCAUCUCUGCCGGCGAUUCUCGAGGAAGUCCAAGACUUCAUGUCUGUCUGGGCAGCAUUGGCCACAAUCUGGAAGAGCCUGGAAGAUCUCCGCGAAACAUUGUGGGCUUCCGUUCAGCCCCGCAAGAUCCGUCAGUCUCUUGAUGGCCUGAUCAAGAUGACCAAGGAAAUGCCAAGUCGAAUGAGACAAUAUGCCGCCUUCGAGCAUAUCCAAAAUGUCCUCCGCGGACUGCUCAAGGCCAACAGUACCCUUUCAGACUUGAAGUCCGAGGCUGUCAAAGACCGGCAUUGGGAAAAGAUCUUCAAGGCUUUGAAACCCGGCGAACGACCUGGCCUGAACAAUCUCACUCUUGGUCGGGUCUGGGAUUUGAAUCUGACUGCAAGCGAUGCUGUCAUCAAAAGCAUUCUUGCGCAGGCUGCUGGCGAGAUGGCAUUGGAGGAAUUCUUGAAAUUGGUUCGUGAGACCUGGCAAUCAUACUCCCUGGACCUGGUGAACUACCAAAACAAGUGCCGUCUUAUCCGUGGUUUCGACGAUCUCUUUGCCAAGUGUAGUGAGAAUCUCUCUUCAUUGCAGGCCAUGAGAAACUCUCCCUAUUACAAAGAGUUUGAAGAGGAAGCUGCCGCCUGGGAGGACAAGCUGAAUCGUGUCCAUGUUCUGUUUGAUGUCUGGAUCGAUGUGCAAAGGCAGUGGGUGUACUUGGAAGGAGUGUUUACCGGAAAUGCUGACAUCAAGCAUCUCCUUCCACUCGAAUCAAGCCGCUUCCAGAACAUUAAUUCCGAGUUCUUUGCGGUGAUGAAGAAGGUCUACAAGUCUCCCUUCGUUCUGGAGGUGCUCGCCAUCAACGGCGUUCAGAAGUCUCUGGAAAGAUUAGCCGAGCUGCUCAAUAAGAUUCAGAAGGCCCUUGGUGAAUACCUGGAGCGCGAACGUGUGUCGUUCCCGCGUUUCUAUUUCGUUGGAGACGAGGACUUGCUGGAGAUUAUCGGUAACAGCAACGAUAUUUUCCGAGUGGCGAAACAUUUCAAGAAGAUGUUCGCUGGCCUUUCGGGACUCCUAAUGGAUGACGACAAUAACAUUGUCGGAUUCACCUCCAAGGAAGGCGAAGAAGUUCGAUUGAAGAAGGAGGUCAAUCUUGUCAAGACACCUAGAAUCAACGACUGGCUGUCUGCACUGGAGAACAACAUGAAGUUGACUCUGGCGGAGCUCCUCGCAGAAGCCAUUGAGCAGUUUGAUACCCUCUACAACACCACCGAGGUUGAUCGGACCGCAUUCAGUGACUUUCUUGCCAACUACCCUGCCCAGAUCGUCGUUCUUGCCAGCCAAGCUGUGUGGACCAAUGCUGUCCAGAAAUCUUUGGAAGAGGGCGGCGCAAACCUCUCAACUUUGUAUGAUGCUGAAGUCCGAAUCCUCGAACUGCUCGCCGUCACAGUUCUUGGUGAGCUCGACGCCAUUACUCGCAAGAAGUGUGAACAUAUGAUUACCGAAUUUGUUCACCAGAGAGACACUAUCUCUAAGCUCAUGCAAUCUAAUGCUACCACCCCCACACAUCACUUGUGGCUGCUGCAAAUGCGCUACGUGUACAAGCCGGAAGGCGAUUUCUUGCAACGCCUCUAUGUCCACAUGGCCAAUGCUAAGCUCAACUAUGGAUUCGAGUAUUUGGGUGUUCCUGAACGUCUUGUUCGCACUCCACUCACAGACCGUUGUUUCCUUACUCUCACCCAAGCUCUCUGCCAGAGACUUGGUGGAUCUCCCUAUGGUCCCGCUGGUACAGGAAAGACUGAAUCAGUUAAGGCACUUGGGCUGCAGCUUGGUCGUUUUACUCUGGUAUUCUGCUGUGACGACACAUUUGAUUUCCAGGCCAUGGGUCGUAUUUUCCUGGGUAUUUGCCAGGUUGGUGCAUGGGGCUGCUUCGACGAGUUCAACCGUCUGGAAGAGCGAAUUCUGUCCGCCGUGUCUCAGCAAAUCCAGAACAUCCAGAUUGGUCUCCGUAAACGCGAAGAUGAUGGCGAUUCUCAAAUCGAGCUUGUCGGACGUCGCCUGGCGGUCAAUGCCAACACGGGUAUCUUCAUUACCAUGAAUCCCGGAUAUGCAGGCCGAUCAAACCUGCCCGACAACCUGAAGAAACUGUUCCGCAGUGUUGCCAUGUCGAAGCCCGACAAGGAGCUCAUUGCCGAAGUCAUGCUCUUCUCCCAAGGUUUCAAGCAAGCCAAGCCUCUGUCAAAGCAGACUGUUCCAUUUUUCGAUCAUUGCGCCUCUCAGUUGUCCAAACAAGCCCACUACGACUUCGGUCUUCGUGCGUUGAAGAGUGUUCUGGUCAGCUCCGGUGGCCUCAAGCGUGCCCGUCUUGCCAGUUCAGACGGUGAGCUCGGCCCUGAUGUAGUUGUUGAGCCUCAAAUCAUUGUGCAGAGCUUGCGAGAGACCAUCGCGCCUAAGCUUGUGCAAGAGGAUGUUGAGCGCAUGCUGGAGAUUCAAGUGCAGGAUUUCCCUGGCGUGGACUAUGUCCCUGCCAACUACGAGAAGCUCACUUCGGCAAUUCGGGAGAUUGCUACAGGCAAAGGCAACCACUACGUCGACAGUGAGAUGUGGGUCACCAAGGCUCUGCAACUUUACCAGAUCCAAAGCAUUCACCACGGUGUCAUGAUGGUCGGAAAAUCGGGAGCUGGUAAAUCAACUGCCUGGAAAAUCCUUCUGGAAGCCAUGCAGAAGGUUGAUGGUGUCGACGGCGUUUCCCAUAUCAUCGACUCCAAGGUCAUGUCCAAAGAGGCGCUCUACGGUAACCUGGAUAGUACUACUCGUGAAUGGACCGAUGGUCUCUUUACUGGUAUUCUUCGAAAGAUUGUCGAUAAUCUCCGAGGCGAGGACAGCAAACGCCAUUGGAUUGUUUUCGAUGGCGAUGUUGACCCUGAGUGGGUUGAGAACCUGAACAGUGUUCUGGACGACAACAAGCUUCUUACCCUGCCCAACGGUGAACGUCUAAACCUACCUCCCAAUGUUCGCAUCAUGUUCGAAGUCGAGACUUUGAAGUACGCAACGCUAGCUACAGUCAGUCGUUGCGGUAUGGUUUGGUUCAAUGAAGAUACGGUCACACCAUCGAUGAUGAUAACCAACUACGUCGAGGGUUUGAAGACUAAGACCUUUGAAGACCUGGACGACGAUAGCGCACCAGCUGGCAUGGCAGCAGCCCGAACUACGACCACACAGGAAACGCUUUCUACAAUUCUCAAGCAACUCCUGGAAAGCGAUAUUCUUGUACUCAAGGCACUCGAAGAAGCAAAAAAUUACAAUCAUAUCAUGGACUUCACAGAGAUUCGCGCCCUCAACACUUUGUUCAGUCUGCUCAACAAAGCCUGCCGCAGUGUCCUGGAAUACAACAUUCAGCAUGUUGAUUUCCCUCUUGAUCCAGAACAAAUCGAGGCGUAUAUCUCCAAGAAGCUACUUCUUACCCUCGUUUGGUCUUUCACCGGCGACUGCCCGCUCGCAGACCGCAAGGCUUUCGGACAAUACAUCACUGGCAUGUCGACAAGCGAUUUACCUCCAACUGGUGACUCGUCUCUCAUUGACUUCGAUGUUACGCUUCCGAAGUCUGAGUGGACUACCUGGCAAUCCCAGGUGCCUUCUAUUGACAUCAACACCCACUCCGUCACCCAGACUGAUGUCAUUAUUCCGACAGUGGAUACUGUUCGCCAUGAGGAUGUUUUGUAUUCUUGGCUCGCCGAGCACAAGCCAUUGCUGCUUUGCGGUCCCCCUGGAUCGGGUAAGACUAUGACGCUAUUUGCUGCUCUGAGGAAGCUGCCCAAUAUGGAGGUCGUUGGCCUCAAUUUUUCAAGCGCCACUACCCCUGAUCUUUUGAUCAAGACAUUCGAGCAAUACUGCGAGUACAAGAAGACCCUGAAUGGUGUCGUGAUGUCUCCUAGCCAGAUCGGUCGUUGGUUGGUCAUCUUCUGCGACGAAAUCAACUUGCCCGCCCCCGAUCGUUACGGAACUCAGAGAGCUAUUUCCUUCCUUCGCCAGCUUGUUGAACAGAAUGGAUUCUGGCGAACUACCGAUAAGACCUGGGUUACUCUGGACCGAAUCCAGUUUGUCGGUGCUUGCAAUCCUCCCACAGAUGCUGGACGUACCGCAAUGGGAGAGCGAUUCCUGCGCCAUGCUCCUCUUAUCAUGGUCGACUACCCCGGCGAGAUCUCGCUCAACCAGAUUUAUGGCACGUUCAACUCGGCGGUUCUCAAGAUUCUUCCAUUGCUUCGUGGAUACGCCGAGGCUCUCACCAAGGCCAUGGUUCAAUUCUAUCUCGAAUCCCAAGCAAGAUUUACUCCGAAAAUCCAGCCGCACUACGUAUAUUCGCCCCGUGAGCUGACUCGCUGGGUUCGUGGUGUCUAUGAGGCUAUUAAACCCCUCGAAACCCUCACACUGGAAGGGCUUGUGCGGAUUUGGGCCCAUGAGGCUCUGCGCCUCUUCCAGGAUCGUCUGGUUGCUGAGGAUGAACGGGCCUGGACCGCCGAUGCUGUUCGUCGUAUCGCACUGGAACAUUUUCCCACCAUCAAUGACGAAGAAGCGCUCAAGGGGCCGAUUUUGUUCUCGAACUGGCUAUCCAAACACUACGUGCCGGUUGAGCAAGAGCGUCUCCGAGAAUUCGUGAAGGCACGUCUGAGAACUUUUUGUGAGGAAGAGGUUGAUGUCCCUCUGGUCUUGUUCAAUGACGUCCUGGAGCACGCUCUGCGCAUCGACAGAGUCUUCCGCCAGCCCCAGGGUCAUCUUAUUCUCAUCGGAGUCAGUGGUAGUGGAAAGACUACGUUGUCUCGCUUUGUUGCCUGGAUGAAUGGUUUGAAGGUCUUCCAGAUCAAGGUUCACGGCAAGUACUCUUCGGAAGACUUUGACGACGACCUGAGAAGUGUUUUGCGGCGAGCAGGCUGCAAGGGUGAGAAGAUCUGCUUCAUCAUGGAUGAAUCAAAUGUUUUGGACUCUGGUUUCCUGGAGCGCAUGAACACCCUACUUGCGAACGCUGAGGUCCCUGGUCUUUUCGAAGGCGAUGAAUUCUCUUCUUUGAUGACCGCCUGUAGGGAGGGUGCUCAGCGCCAAGGCUUGCUGCUUGACUCCCAGGAGGAGUUGUACAAGUGGUUCACGCAGCAAAUUGUCAAGAACCUGCACGUGGUGUUUACCAUGAACCCACCCGAGGAGGGCCUGUCGUCCAAGGCAGCUACCAGUCCAGCCUUGUUCAACCGUUGCGUGCUCAACUGGAUGGGUGACUGGUCUGAUCAAGCAUUGUUCCAGGUCGGCUCGGAACUUACCCAUUCGGUUGAUCUCGACAAGUCCAACUUUGUCUCGCCCGACAGCAUUCCCGUGGCAUACCGCGAGCUGUCAUUGCCAGCAUCGCACCGAGACACGGUUAUCAACUCUAUGGUUUAUAUUCACCACUCGCUGCACAGGUUCAACCAGCGUCUGCAAAAGCAGCAGGGUCGGACUACUUUCCUCACUCCUCGCCACUAUCUCGAUUUCGUUGCCCAGUAUGUCAAGCUGUUCAACGAGAAACGUGAGGACCUUGAGGAGCAGCAGCGCCAUUUGAACGUUGGUCUUGAAAAGCUUCGCGAUACUGUUGAUAAAGUCAGCGAUCUGCGUGUCAGCCUGGCCCAGAAGAAGACUCAACUGGAGCGAAAGGAUGCCGAAGCGAAUGAGAAGCUGCAGCGCAUGGUUGCUGACCAGCAAGAGGCCGAGCGACGGAAGCAUACUUCAUUGGAGGUACAGAAAACUCUGAAGGUGCAAGAGAAGGAGGUGGCGGAGCGAAGAGAGGUUGUGCUGAGCGAUUUGGCUCGGGCUGAGCCUGCUGUUGUGGAAGCACAAAAGAGUGUGAGCAACAUUAAGCGACAGCAUCUCACUGAAGUUCGAUCUAUGGCAAAUCCCCCAGCUGGUGUCAGACUCGCAAUUGAGGCGGUCUGUACUUUGCUAGGCCACAAGGUCGUUGGUGAUUGGAAGUUAGUCGGAUCCAUUCUUCGAAGGGAUGAUUUCAUUGCCAGCAUUGUCAACUACGACAACGAGAAGCAGAUGACGCGCGCCCAUCGAACAAAGAUGCAGAACGAGUACCUCUCCAAAGAAGAAUUUACCUACGAGAGAGUGAACCGUGCCAGUAAGGCAUGUGGUCCACUAGUUCAGUGGGUCGAAGCUCAAGUUAACUACUCCGCUAUCUUGGAUCGUGUUGGACCUUUGCGCGAGGAGGUUGGCGAACUAGAGAACCAAGCUUUGCAGACCAAGGCCGAAGCUCAAGCCAUCGAAAACACCAUCACAUCUCUGGAGAACAGCAUUGCGACCUACAAGACCGAGUAUGCCGCAUUAAUCAGCGAAACCCAAGCAAUCAAGACCGAGAUGUCCAAGGUCGAGUUCAAGGUUGAUCGGAGUGUGCGUUUACUUGACAGUCUGGCAUCCGAGCGUGAGCGCUGGGAGAAUGGAAGCAAGUCAUUCGAGACUCAGAUCAGUACACUUGUCGGCGACGUCCUUAUCGCGGCAGCGUUCCUCGCCUAUGCUGGCCUGUACGAUCAGCAGUUCCGCAAGGCAAUGGUUGAUGAUUGGGUUCAUCAGCUGUUUCAGUCGGGCAUCACCUUUAAGCCACACAACCCCAUCACAGAAUACCUGUCCAAUGCCGAUGAACGCCUGACCUGGCAAGAACACUCUCUUCCAGUCGACGAUCUUUGCACCGAGAACGCUAUUGUCUUGAAGCGAUACAACAGAUACCCGUUGAUUGUUGACCCCUCCGGCCGUGUUACGGAGUUCUUGCAAAAGGAGAGCAAGGACCGCAAGCUUACCGUUACCAGCUUCUUGGACGACUCUUUUGUCAAGCAGCUGGAAAGUGCCCUGCGCUUCGGAAACCCUAUCCUUAUUCAGGAUGCGGAGCACCUCGACCCCAUUCUCAACCACGUUCUCAACAAAGAGUACCAGAAGACCGGAGGCCGGGUUCUGAUCCAGCUUGGAAAGCAAGAAAUCGAUUUCUCGCCGUCCUUCAAGCUGUUCUUGUCAACCCGGGAUCCAUCUGCUACCUUCCCGCCGGAUGUCUGCAGUCGAACAACAUUUGUCAACUUUACUGUCACGCAGAGCAGUUUGCAGACCCAGUCGUUGAACGAUGUCCUCAAGUUCGAGCGGCCUGAUGUCGAUGAGCGUCGUAACAACCUUGUCAAGAUGCAGGGCGAGUUCAAGGUUCACUUGCGCCAGCUCGAGAAACGUCUGCUACAGGCACUGAACGAAUCACGUGGCAAUAUACUUGACGACGAUAAUGUCAUUGAAACCCUGGAGACUCUCAAGAAGGAGGCUGCGGAAAUCUCAAAGAAGAUGUCCGAGACCGAAGGUGUCAUGUCCGAGGUGGAGAACGUCACAAACCAGUACAGCAUUAUCGCACGCUCUUGCAGUGCUGUUUUCGCUGUCCUUGAGCAGCUCCACCACAUCAACCACUUCUAUCAAUUUUCUCUGCAGUACUUCGUCGACAUUUUCAACUGCGUCCUUUACCAGAACAAACGCCUGGCCCAAGAGAAGGACCACAGCGCACGGGUUCAGAUCAUCAUUCGCGACCUGUUCAUUACGACUUACCAGCGCACUUCCCUUGGACUAGUCCAGAAAGACCGUGUCACGUUUGCCAUUCUUCUCGCUCAAGCUACUCCCUACACAAUGGACAAAUCCAUCCUCGACCAGAUUUUGGACGAGUCUGUUGAGGACGCCGAUCUUUCGACCACCGGAACUGAUCGUGACCAAGUAAUGAGCAAGCUGUGCAAAAUGUCUCUCUUCAAGGAUGUCAUUGCCAAUGUUUCCGAAGAGCAAUGGGAUCGCUUCUUCACUGAAGAACUCGCAGAGAAUGCCGUUCCAACUGUCUGGGGCGAAGGCACUUCCAACCUUGAUCAACUCCUCCGUUCUCUGCUACUCGUCAAGCUUUGUCGUAUGGACCGCUUUGUGCCAACCGCUGAACGCUUCGUGGAAGCUGUCUUCGGUCGUGAGAUAUUCGGUGGUAGCAGUGACUUGAAGGACGUUGUCGAGCAAGUCACCGCAACGACGCCUAUUUCCCUCAGCUCAAGCCCUGGUUUCGAUGCCAGCUACAAGGUCGAUGCUCUCGUGCAGCGCACCAAUGCAACCUGCGCUAAUAUCGCCAUGGGUUCGAACGAAGGUCUUGAGAGUGCCGACAAGGCAAUCAGCAAUGCUGCGGCGACAGGAAACUGGGUCCUCGUCAAGAAUGUCCACCUCGCACCCUCCUGGCUUCAGAGUCUGGAGAAGAGACUGGAUUCCCUCAAGCCCCACAAGGAAUUUCGCUUGUUCCUUUCCAUGGAGUCCAGCCCGAAGAUCCCUGUCAAUCUCAUCCGUGCCUCUCGUGUCUUGAUGUUCGAGCAGCCUGCUGGCGUCCGCGCCAACAUGAAGGAUUCCUUGUCUUCUCUGUCCGACCGUGCCAGCAAGGCUCCUGUCGAAAAGGCCCGUGUCUACGUUCUGCUCUGCUUCCUCCACGCCGUGGUCCAAGAGCGACUCCGCUACGCGCCCAGCCUGGGUUGGAAGGGCUUCUGGGAAUUUAACGACAGUGAUUACGAAUGCUCUGCGCUCAUUAUUGAUCACUGGGUCGAUACCGUCGCCCAGGGUCGCUCUAACGUUGCACCCAACAAGCUUCCUUGGGAGAUGAUGCGCACGCUCAUUGCCGAGAUGUACGGCGGCAAGAUCGAUGACGCCGGUGACUACGCACAAUUGGAAGGCCUGGUGAAUAGCUUCAUCACCGCGGCCGCCUUCGAAGACGAUUACAAACUUGUCUCGGGCGUUGAAAACGAAGAGCUUCUGGCUCUACCUACCACGACUAGCAUGCGUGACUUCGUUGCCUGGGUCAACAAUCUUCCUGAGCGUGAACCGCCUACCUACUUGGGUCUUCCUGCGAAUGCCGAGAAGUUGUUGCUGGUUGGCCAUGGCCGCAAGAUGAUCUCUGACUUGUCUCGGGUUACGACUCUUCUGGACGAGGGCGAGCAGCUGAUGGUUGACAAUUAA